GCUGUUGCUGUUGCUGCUGUUGCUCUCUCUCCAGCAUGAGUGUUGUAAUGUUUUUUCCCUACUCUUGGAUUCCAUGCCCUUUAAGGCUGCACAAAUCAGUCAAACAGCCAGGAGUUGUUGUUGGGUGUGUAUGUGUUUUGCUUGGAGUGCGCUGCUGCGCUUAAGAGGGAAUUUUUUUUUUAGAGGGGAAUGGAUAAGGAGUAAUAAGAUUCCCCCCUCCUCCUUCUUCUUCCAGUGUGUUUCAAGCUUGCAAGCUUUUCCAUAGUCAGCCCCACGCGGCUCACACACAGGAAUACGGCUCUCACUGGCUUGCAUGACACCUCUGAUACCUUUUUGGAACUUUGGGAACUUUUUUUUAUUUUUUUUUGGCUGUCAGCUGCAACUUUUUGGACACUUUGCUUCUUUUUUUUGUUCUUGGCACUUGCUGCGUGCCCUCUUCACCCCUCCGCCAAGGUGAGAUGGGAAAAGGAAGGAGGGGGAGAGAUUAGAUUGGCUGUUUGUUUUUUCUUUUAUUUUUUUUCCGCCUGCUGCCCAGAUAAGCGUUGGAUUUUGCAAAAAAAAAAAGAGGGGGGAACGGCGGCACCUGGUUGGACGGGCAGCACCUGGCUGGACAGGCGGCACAAGGAACUUUGUUGCAGAGAGGUGUAAGAUUGCGUCUCCCUGCACGCCGCGCGUCAACUACGAACUGCCAUCCACCACCGAGAGUCCACAGAAGCAUGUAGACACCACAGGUUCCACCAAGUCCUCCAGGAGUACGCAAUCCCGCCGCAGGCCAUCAAGGAGUUUUAGCUUUAUUCACACCAUGGAGGACAGCUGUGAACUCGACCUCACCUACAUCACCGAGCGGAUCAUCUCCGUCACAUAUUCCCCGGGGACGGAGGAGGCCACCUUCUGUAGGAACCUUAAGGAGGUGGCACAUAUGCUGAAGUCCAAACAUGGAGACAAUUAUCUGAUCUUUAAUUUGUCUGAGAGUAGACAUGAUAUCAACAAACUCCAUUCCAAGGUGUUGGAUUUCGGGUGGCCAGACCUCCAUGCCCCGGCACUGGAGAAGGUGUGCAGUAUCUGUAAAGCCAUGGACACGUGGCUGAACGCCGACCCCCACAAUGUUGUCGUCAUUCACAACAAGGGAAAUCGAGGGCGCACCGGAGUGGUUGUGGCGGCAUACAUGCACUACAGCAACAUAUCUGCCAGUGCAGAUCAGGCUCUGGACAGGUUUGCAAUGAGGCGCUUCUAUGAAGACAAGGUUCUUCCCGUCGCACAGCCGUCUCAGAAGAGGUAUAUCCAUUAUUUCAGCGGCCUGUUGUCCGGAGCCAUUAAGAUGAAUAACAAGCCCUUGUUCCUCCACCACGUCAUCAUGCACGGCAUUCCGAACUUCGAGUCCAAAGGAGGUUGUCGCCCGUUUCUGAAGAUCUACCAAUCUAUGCAGCCUGUCUAUACGUCUGGAAUAUACAACGUGCAGGGAGACAGCCAGACCAGCAUCUGCAUCACCAUAGAACCCGGGCUGCUACUGAAGGGCGACAUCCUGCUGAAGUGUUACCACAAGAAGUUCCGCAGCCCGACGCGAGACAACAUAUUCCGGGUGCAGUUUCACACGUGUGCCAUCCAUGAUCUUGGGAUUGUGUUUGUAAAAGAAGAUUUGGAUGAAGCCUUUAAAGAUGAGAGGUUCCCGGAGUAUGGAAAAGUGGAGUUCGUUUUCUCGUAUGGUCCUGAAAAGAUACAAGGGAUGGAGCACUUGGAAAAUGGCCCUAGCGUCUCCGUUGACUACAACACCUCCGAUCCACUGAUCCGUUGGGAUUCUUACGAUAACUUUAAUGCACAUCGAGAGGACAGUCUGGAAGAAGUUGGACACACCCAAGGUCCUUUAGAUGGAAGCUUGUACGCCAAAGUUAAGAAAAAAGACUCAACAAACGGGAGCACAAGCACAGUAAAUGCCGGGGUCAUCCCUCUAUCUGCUGCCCCCAAUCACAUUGAACACACCUUGUCUGUGAGCAGCGACUCCGGCAAUUCAACCGCUUCAACAAAAACAGACAAAACUGAUGAACAAGUGGCUAAUGCAGUCUCCAACCAAGGGUUGACGCCUGAGGAAAAGAAAGAGCUUGAACGCCUUCUCAGUGGCUUUGGACUGGACACUGACGCACAGAUGCACAACUUAAACCCGGGAACUUCAGUAACCGGAGCUAUGUUGCACGUGGUCCCAGCGCAGGUUCAUGUCAAUGGGGAUAGCCUGUCCCCACCAGUGGAAAGGGAGACCGAUAUUUUGGAUGAUGACUUGCCCAAUCACGAUGGACAUAGUGUUGGCAGCUUGGGUACACUGUCAUCCUUUGAUGGCACUCCCAAUAUAAGUGAGACUGGCUAUCAGGAGUCUUCUCCUAUGACCAUUUCAUUAACCAAUGGGCCAACAACCCUUAACGGCAUAGAGAAGCUACAUAAACAUGGCUAUCUUGGUAAGGAAACAAUGAUCAAUGGCAUGUAUCCAUACAACAACCAGAACAUCCCAAAAAGUACAACUAUGCCACUGUCUCAAGACAUUGGCAGUCAAAUGAGGCCAUCUGUAUCUGCCCAGGACAGUCUGUCUUCCUACCAGGUCAGCCAGCCAACAAUGUCCAAUUGGGCACAACCUCCGUCUGCAAUGACACAAAAGCACUUAUAUUAUUAUGACCCCAAUGGGAUGUACCGGUCCCAGUCCUUCACAGCUGCAGAAAAAUACGACCCCAAUUCACAGUUGCCUCAAGCACCAGCUCGGAGCGGAAGCAGCAGGGAGGCGGUCCAGCGGGGUCUUAACUCUUGGCAACAGGGUGGAAGUCGCCCACCAUCCCGUCAACAGGAUUCUGUAACAGAGAGUCAAUAUAGCAGCCCAAGUAUGCAACCAAGCACUUUUCAGACUGUUCCCCAAAGCCACAGUAUCCCUGAAUUCCCCAAUAUGGCCUCCCAAAAGGAGAUUGAGCAGUCAAUCGAAGCACUUAAUAUGCUAAUGUUGGACCUUGACCCUUCCUUUUCACAGAUGCACAAGUCCCAGAGUGUCCCUGUUGCUCCAAGAGAGGACAGAAUAAUGCCAGUUUCAGGGUCACACUCUGCGCAACCCGCUCUGGCAGCCUAUAGCUACCAGUCUUUUCCUUCUUUUCCUCAGAUGGCAUCUGAAAGACCAAGCAAUUCGUAUGCUGUCACGCCAACCGGCACCCUCCCUGUCACCUCAUUUAGCCAGCCUCAUACGCCUAUUGAGCAAAGUCCAAAAGCAUAUUCAUCUGGAAUGUAUGAACCACCACGACCCAUGGAGGCGGCCAGACCUCUAAAUGAAUACCGAGAGCCCUACUCUGGAUCUUAUUCUCCAUAUGGUUAUCAAACCCAACAACCUCAAUCAACCUUGGUGAGAAGUUACAGCUAUGGGACGCCCACUGGCACCUCUAAUAUCCCACCGUUGUCUGCUUUUAUGCAAAGCCCUCAGUCGUCUGCUGUAACUUCCCCAGUCCUGACUCCGGUCAAUGCCCAACCCCAGCAACCUAUCAAGGAUGCCUCGGAGGAUGAGCAGUACAACGUGGAAGGACUUGUCGCUCAAAGAGUUGCAGAAUACAACAACAAACUCCGGAAUAUCCAUAAAAGUAUGAAAUCCCCCCAAUCACCUGAGCUUCAGCGCCAGCGUUCCUUCACUUUCUCUGGAGUCCAGACCCGGGACAAGACCCCGGACGAGAUCGGCUCUCUAACACGCAGGAGGACCACCAGCGAAGGACAAUAUGAAGACAGCGCCGGGGACCCCGGAUCCAAUCCCAGCAAAGUCCGCUCUCCUGUGCGCUGCGUUUCGCCUGAAGUUUUCAACACGAUCGCGGCCAAUCCAGGGGGGAGGCCGAAAGAGCAUCACCUGCACAGCUACAAGGAGGCCUUCGAGGAAAUGGAGAUCCCGCCUGCUAUUAGCCCCACCUCCACAGCCUUGCGAUCUCCUCCGGGAUUGGCAAAGACACCUCUGUCAGCGCUGGGGUUAAAGCCACACAACCCGGCAGAUAUUCUGCUGCAGCAAUCUGGAGAGAUUGAGACAUUUAUUGAAUAUGAGGACGCAGAGCCCAGGAGUUAUGUUGAGUCUGUUGCCCGUGCAGCUGGCAUCGGCGCUCCCCCGUCCCCCACCCAACCACAGACCUACACCGUGGACACCCUGAGGAACGGAGGAUACCCCAACACCUUUGCCUCCCACAGCCCCAUUUCUACAAGCAGCCCCAUACACAGCAUGGAUGGGGUGUCUGUCAGAAGCUGUCCAUCAGCAGAGAGCAGCGUCCGUCUGCCCACCCCCACCCAGCCGUCUGCGGAUUCCAGUUUCAGGUCCACCAGCUUGUCUCAGGCAUCACCACAAAGCAGUUAUCAGAACGCGUCGCCCACACCCAACAUGGCGCACCACGUGGGCACACCUGUCAGCUCAUAUGACGGAUAUCAGUACAGCCCCAAUAACGGCAUCACACAGACGGACGGUUUCUCUGGACCUCCGGUUGGCGUACUCUCCAGCCAGGUUUUACAUGGAAGCCCCCAGCCGCUUCACAGAACGGUGGGCACCAACACUCCUCCGAGCCCUGGAUUCGGAAGAAGAGUCAUCACCCCAACCAUGUCUAAUGCUCCUCCAAGCCCGAGCUUGAGCAGGCAUCCCUUUAUGGCACAAAGCAUGGGAACUGUGCCACCGGGCAGCCCAAGCCUUGUCCGUCACCAGGCUGUAAUGACAGGAAGUGCCCCGGUUACACCAGGAAGCCCCAGCUUGGAGCGACAUCUCCUUCAUGGGUUCUCCACCCCUGAGGAGCGACGUCCUACGUUGUCCAGGCAGAGCAGCGCUUCCGGAUACCAGGCUCCAUCCACCCCAAGUUUCCCCGUGUCGCCUGCAUACUACCAAGGCAUGAGCAGCCCUUCCUCCUCUUCCCCGGACUCCACCCUUUACCGCCAGGGAAGCCCCGUUCCUCAGCCCUCGCUGCCGGAAAAACGGAGAAUGUCCUCUGGCGACAGGUCCAGCAGUUUGCCGAACUACUCCACCCUCAACGGAAAAGCUCCUUCACCCAUGUCCAGUGGCAUGUCCAGCCCAAGCAAUGGCAACACAAUGGCAUUCACCCAGACGUUGCCGGACUUCUCCAAAUUCUCCAUGCCAGACAGCAGCCCGGAGACCCGAGCGAAUGUCAAGUUUGUUCAGGACACAUCCAAGUAUUGGUACAAGCCGGAGAUCUCCCGAGACCAGGCAAUUGGUUUAUUAAAGGACAAAGAUCCGGGUGCCUUCAUAAUUCGAGAUAGCCACUCGUUCAGAGGAGCCUAUGGACUCGCCAUGAAGGUCGCCACGCCGCCUCCUAAUACAGGACAGCAGAGCAAGAAAGGAGAUUCCACCAAUGAGCUGGUGAGGCACUUCCUCAUAGAGACCAGCCCCCGAGGAGUGAAAUUAAAGGGGUGCCCAAAUGAACCUUAUUUUGGUUGCCUCUCAGCACUGGUGUAUCAGCACUCAAUCACACCCCUGGCACUGCCCUGCAAGUUGGUCAUACCCAGCAGAGAUCCCUCGGAGGAGACCAGAGAAACUGCUACACCGACCAAUGCAACUCCGGACUUGCUGAAACAAGGGGCAGCCUGCAACGUCUUGUUUGUUAACUCGAUCGAUAUGGAGUCACUGACGGGCCCCCAGGCCAUCGCCAAGACCAUUGCAGAGACCCUGUCCGCCGACCCCCAACCCAACGCAGCUGUCGUUCACUUUAAAGUCUCCUCUCAAGGCAUCACCCUGACUGACAAUCAGAGAAAGCUAUUCUUCCGGAGACACUAUCCUCUGAACACCGUCACAUUCUGUGACCUGGAUCCGCAGGAGAGGAAGUGGAUGAAGUCGGAUGGAAGCCCAGCAAAGCUCUUCGGCUUCGUCGCCCGAAAACAAGGGAGCACGACGGACAACGUGUGUCAUCUGUUCGCAGAGAUGGACCCCAAACAGCCGGCCAAUGCCAUAGUCAACUUUGUCUCCCGGGUGAUCGGCUUACAGAAAAGAUGAACGCGCCCCCCCCCCCCCAUCCCCCACACGGGUCAUCUCCUCCUGUUUAUGAAUCAGCCCCAAGUUUGCUAAACAGACUCCUAAAGAAGGCGAGAGAGCAAGUGCAUUGUGGGAAAUCGCAAGUGAUGAUGGGGGCCAUUUCUGCUUGGAAGCGAUCGACAGAAAACAUACAAAAAAAAAAAAUCACCAAAAAAAAAAAGACACAAUUGAGGAAAAUUUCCCGUUUUUCCAAUGAAGUGGCAGAAUAGGACUGCGAAAGCGCCGCAAUUUUUGGGUCACUUAUCAGCCUGCUCAAUAUUCCGAACCUGCAAAUACUAAAUGGCAUACUCCGCUACGUGCGUAUAUAAACCUAUCUAGCAUACACAGAAUUUAUAAGGAAUUUUAGAGAAAAAAAAAUAUAUAUAUAAGGCUAUAUUUUGUAUAAAUGCAUUGAGUGUACAAAGCUACCUAUAUUUACUGUCUUUUUAAAUAAAAAGUAACCCUUUUAAAUAAA